AUGUACAAGGAGCUCGUAGUGGAUGAAGUUUGCAGCCGAUCGAUGAAGAAGACGAUCCCUCGUAUUAUCAAGAGUGGCCACCAGCAGCGCCACCAUCACAGGAAGCCUCCGCUCGCGCCCCACUGCCAUGGGGCGACGAGUUGCAAGCUUUGCAUCCUCCAGCAGCAGCAAUGGGCGGAUCUCGAGCUCCAUCUCUCUCGAGCGAUCACUCUCUCCGCCCCUAGCGCCGUGGAGAUGAAGAUCCCACCACCACCAUCAGUUCCAAGUGUGGUGGAGAUGGAGAUGGAGAUUCCAUCAGUUUCAAGAGUGUUGGAGAUGGAGACUCCUUGCAAGUGA